CAACUGCUUCCGUUAGGUACAGUAUUUUGUUUCCUUGGGCUGACUUGAUUGCACUACACCGUUUACAAUGCUACCCUUUUUUAUGUCACUACACCACAGCCUCACAAUCAAGUCUUCCGGUGUCAAAUCAACAUGGCGGACAUUGCGAAAAUGAUGGUAGUCGACGAUUUGUUAAAUGACGACAACCUAUAUGCGCUGCUCCCGUUAGUCUUUGGAGCAUUCCCUGUAUCAUAUGUUGCAGCGAUGAGGGCUCGAUGUGACAAAAUGAAGGUUUUCGGGUAUUAUGAGGAAGUUGUUCCCCUGUACCAGAUUGACAAUUUUAAGACAUUCUUUCGUGUAGAAAGGCACACAUUUGAGUUCCUUUGUCAACAAAUUGGAGAAAAGCUCCAAUACAACAACCAUGGUGGAAGGAUUUCAAUUUCACCUGAAAAGCAGCUAUGUAUAACUUUAUGGUACAUGGGAUCACAGUCAAACAUCCAUGAUAUUGCAGAUAGAUUUGGUGUAACUGACUUUUCUGUGUUAAGAUGCAGGGAUAGAGUAUGCAAAGUAUUUCUUUCAAGAAAAUCCCAGAUUAUACGCCGACCGAGGCGAGAUCAGUUGGAGGAAAUGUCACAAAACUUUGAAAGCAAGAAAGGAUUUCCUGCCGUUAUGGUUUUUUGGUUGUGUAAUUCAGCUCCUAUUAUAUCGAUCUUAGGGGAUAUAUUUUUUAAGUCUAUUCUUUUAUAA